GUUAAAGUAGACUUCCAUCUGUUGCUGCCGUAUCAGUCAGGAGAAAGAUCUUCUCCUGAAGUGGUGACCAAUUUCGCGGACACUUCAGAACGCAUUUUAUCAACUAGAUAUCGCAAACCAUCCGCCUUCCUUUUGCGGACAGACGUGAUUAUCCAGUCUAAAAAUAAUCACCGCCAAAUCAAAUCACUUAAGUUAUUGUAGAGCGGUAGAGCGUCGCGUGCGUAGUUUCAUCAGUUGAGAAGAUGUUCUGAGCCGAACGCAACGUGUGUGUGCAGCGUGCAGCCGGUUGAAAGUUUUCGGCCGCGGUGCAUUUGCGGUGUGAUUAGUAGGUCAUUUGAAUUGCAUUUCCGAGAGGCGCCGAGUUCCGUGUAAGAAAAAUAGUUUUUUUUUUUCGCGCGAAAUGACUAUGGAGAGUCCACCGGAAGAGGUGGUGCAAACAGACAGACUAUGGUUCAAUACCGUCGACUAUGUGAUAUUCUUCGCAAUGAUGGGAAUGUCGGCACUGAUCGGUCUGUACUAUGGAUUUUUCGCCAAACAGAAGCAGAACAACACGGCCGAGUACUUGCUCGGGAGUAAGCAGAUGAAAGUGUUCCCGGUGGCGAUGUCACUGACAGCAACCCAUGUCUCGGCUGUCACGAUGCUGGGCGUCCCCGCCGAAAUGUACCGGUACGGCAUCCAGUACUGGGCUUGCUCCAUAUCCGGCCUUAUCGUCACCAUAUUCAUGGUCUACGUUUUCCUGCCGGUGUUUUACGAACUGCAAAUAUCGUCCUGCUACGCUUACCUGGAGCAACGGUUCAGCAAACGGGUGCGCUCGUUGGCCAGCUUUCUGUUCGUGCUGUACUGCUUGCUCAACACUCCGGUGAUUAUAUACACUCCGGCCAUAGCGUUCAGCCAGGUGACAGGAAUCAAUCUGCACAUCAUCACGCCGGUCAUAUGCUGUAUUUGUAUUUUCUACACCACUUUCGGUGGAAUACGAGCUGUGAUAUGGACAGAUACGCUCCAGUUUGGAGCUAUGAUAUUGGCCCUUUGCGUUGUAAUGACACUGGGAACUCUGCAGCUGGGAGGAUUCAUAAACAUUUUCAAGAUAGCUGAAGAAGGAGGUCGGCUGAUUUGGUUCAAUGUGGACCCAGACCCUACUCUAAGAUCAUCGUUCUGGCUUGUAUCGGUGGGACUUACUUCAAUGUGGGUAUCCAACAUUGGCGUAACGCCUGAGUGCGUUCAACGGUUCCUGACCGUACCUGAUCUUUCAAGUGCCAAAAAAGCGGUAUGGAUCUUCGGUGUUGGUCACGUGCUCGUCAAACUUUGUUCCGUCUACAAUGGCUUGCUGAUAUUCAGCAAAUAUCAUGACUGUGAUCCCGUCUACUCCGGGUUGGUGAAGAAAAACGAUCAAAUAUUCGCCUACUAUGUUCUGGAUGUGGCUCAGAAGAUCCCAGGCCUACCGGGAUUGUUUGUGGUGGGAAUUUUCUCGGCAGCCUUGUCUACGAUGUCCACCAGUAUGAACACACUAUCCGGAACGAUUUAUGACGAUUUCGUCAAGCCGCAGUUUAAAUUCAAGGAAUCUACCGCGAGCAGUGUUAUCAAGGGUAUGGUUGUUUUCAUAGGAAUCCUUUGCUUGAUGCUGGUGUUUGUGGUGGAGAAAUUAGGCAGCGUGUUCAGCUUGGCGAUUUCGGUUUCUGGAGUUACGUCGGGGACUCUUUUGGGGAUAUUUUUCCUUGGGAUGUUUUCGCCCAAAAUCAAUGCUAAGGGAGCAUUUUGGGGUGCAAUUAUCUCCCUAGUAUCAAUGUGCGUGAUUGCUGCAGGAGCACAAAUGGAAAUCUUCAAUGGAAACCUAAAGUACCAGAGUCUGCCGCUGCACUACGAUGGCUGUCCUGGAUUUAAUUCUACUGGAUCCGCAACCACCUCGUAUUACGUUGAUGCCGAUGGACAUGACAAUUCCGAAGUUCCAUGGGUAUUCCGCCUGGGCUUCAUGUACUACUCGCUGCUGGGCACAAUAAUAGCCGUAGUGGCUGGAACAGUGAUCAGCCAUCUCACCGGAGGACAGAAACAACCCGUUCCAGAACAGCUGCUGACACCCUGGGUGCGCCCACUUUACCGACAAAUUCGUUGCGUCGACGAUUACGAGUGUAGACUGACGAAAAAUCAGCUGUAUGCGAUCAAAGAGGUGCAAAAAGUGUGUAAAUAGACGGUGCUAAUAGUUGUAAUUCUUUAUUGUAAAUAUAUCGAAAAAUACGUCAUGCGACUGAAAUCAA